AUGUCUGGGCCCGCCGAUAAGACGGCUAAGGAACGGCUCCGCUGGCUGCGGGAAGAGAAAGGAUCCCACCUCGAAGUCCGCGACGACCCGCUGUAUACCAAAGAAUGGAAAAAGCUGCUGAAGGCGCUCCAUCAGGAGGACGCCAAGUACGGCCGUGCGGGGGCCGCUCGCAAGGCCCAGCGCAAGAACCUGUGCCCCGAGCUCAACUGGGGGCAGCUGCGCUGCAGCCAGCCGGCACCGCACGCAGUGGCUGUGCCUGUGCCCCAGGGGGCCGUGUUGUACGGGUUGGCUUUCGCUGCGCCGCUGCCGCCCGCGCAAUGGCGUGCGUCGGACGGCGACGUCGGGCGGGCGCGCCGCGUCCUUCUGCCGUCAUGUGGGAGCGCAGCGUGCCCCCACUCGUCGGCUGCCCUCUUGGCAACGUCCGUACUUUAA